UUAGGGAAGUGAAAAUGAGUUUUUUUUUUUUUUUUUUUUUUCUUUUUAGCUUCAGCUGAAUUCAGUGAGUAAAACAGCUUACACAAUGCUAAUAUGCAAACUGCCUGACUUCAAAAAGAGCUGUUUUCAGACUAACUUUUCUGACCUCAGUAGAUAAAGAUCAGCCGUCAGGAGAGAAAAGAGAUCAUCAUUUGCUUUAAAGUGUGCAUUUACUGUUGCUUAUGAGGUAUCUUUUUUACAGACCUUUUUUUUUUUUUUUUCAGGCCAAUAGGUGCAUUCAGAUCAAAAAGCAUGAGAGACUCCAGGCUUUGAAAUCUUGUGAUCUAGUAUGUUGAUAUUGAGAAGUAGUCUGGAUGUUUCAGUAUUCAGCCCAUCCUGUUAAAAGGUUUGUCUCAAUCUAUUGGAUAAAUCUGUCAGAUGCAAGUUUCUUCCCAGACUCAACUGACCUGGCUACACAACAUGCACAACAGCACUGCUGAAACUCCGCACACGAUACGACCAUGUAAUGGGGGUUUGUCCCCACAGCCAGAGACCUCAGAGUUUUCCAUGGGCGUCUUGGUGCUCCUGGCUCUGCUUAUGGUGCUGCUAGCAUUGGUUACAAUCCUUGGAAAUGUUCUGGUGAUCUUUGCUUUCAUCAUGGACAGAAAUCUCAGGCAUCGGAGCAACUACUUCUUUCUCAAUCUUGCUAUUUCUGACUUUGCAGUGGGUGCGUUCUGCAUACCUCUCUACAUCCCUUAUGCCCUGACAGGGACCUGGCACUUGGGAAGAGGCGUGUGCAAGCUCUGGCUAGUUAUGGACUAUCUCCUGUGCACAGCUUCAGUGUUUAACAUUGUUCUAAUUAGCUAUGACCGUUUCCUGUCAGUUACUAAAGCUGUAUCUUACAGAGUCCAGCGGGGAAUAAUGUCCAACCCUAUUGUCAAGAUGGUGGCCAUCUGGGUCUUUGCCUUCCUCCUCUACUGCCCAGCAAUUCUCUUGUGGGAACACGUGGCCGGCUGCAGCACGGUGCAGGAAGGGCAGUGCCAUGCUGAGUUCUUCGACAACUGGUACUUCCUCCUUUGUGCAUCCACCCUGGAGUUCUUUGUGCCGCUGCUCUCAGUCACCUACUUCAAUGUGCACAUCUUCAUCAACAUCCAGAGGCGCCAGAGACGUGGUAGCAUUCAGGACUCUGAGGCUCCAAGGAGCAGCAGCUCGUCCUGGAGAUCUUGCUUCAUGCUGAGACAAGGAGCAUCUUCCUCAUCGGAAGCAGAGGACAGUGUCUCGUCCUCCAUAAGGCCAAAGAAAGAGUCUUUGGUAGCUGAAAGCUUAUCUCCAUCCAGAGCCAAUUCUGUAACCCCAGAAAAUGACCUCUCCAUUUCUUUUUGUGCAAGGACCAGGUCAAAACUACAUCAGGACAAGAAAAUUGCAAAGUCGCUUGCCAUAAUUGUUUGUGCCUUUGCCAUUUGCUGGGCACCAUAUACUUUACUAAUGAUUAUUCGUGGGGCCUGCCAAGGAACCUGUGUUCAUAACUCCCUGUACGAUGUUACCUUUUGGCUUUUGUGGCUCAAUUCCUCUCUGAAUCCAUUUCUCUACCCUCUCUGUCAUGAUAAAUUUCGAAUGGCCUUUAUGAAAAUAUUAUGUCCCAAAAAGUUUGCAACAUUAAGAUCAGGCUCCUUUUAGAAGAAGAAGAAGGAAAAAAAAAAAAAAAAAGACUGAAUCAUAGAAUUAUAGAAUAUCCCGAGUUGGAAGGGAGGGACCCACAAGGAUCAUCGAGUCCAAUUCCUGGUCUACCCAAAAAUUAAGACCAUAUAGUCCAAAUGCUUCUUAAACUCCAACAGGCUUGGUGCUGUGACUACAUCCCUGGGGAGCCUGUUCCAGUGUGUGACCACCCUUUUGGUGAAAAACCUUUUCCUGAUAUUCAGCCUGACUCUAUUCCCUCGGGUCCUGUCCCUGUCCCCAGAGAGCAGAGCUCAGCGCCUGCCCCUCUGCUCCCCCUCGUGAGGGAGCUGCAGGCCACCAUGAGGCCUCCCCUCAGCCUGCUCUGCUCUGGGCUGAGCAAACCAAGGGACCUCAGCUGUUCCUCGUAUGUCUUCCCCUCUAGGCCCUUCACCAUCUUUGUAGACCUUCUCUGGACACUCUCCAACAGUUUAACGUCCUUUUUGUACUGUGGUGCCCAGAACUGCACACAGUACUUGAGGUGAGGCCGCACAGCACAGGGCAGAGCAGGACAAUCCCUUCCCUCAACUGACCAGCAAUGCCAUGUUUGAUGCACCCCAAGGUGUGGUUGGCCCUCCUGGCUGCCAGAGCACACUGCUGGCUCAUAUUCAACUUGCUAUUAACCACAACCCCCAGAUCCUUUUCUGUGGGGCCGCUCUCCAGCGUCUCAUCGCCCAGUCUAUACGUAUAGCCAGGGUUGCCCCGUCCCAGGUGCAGGACCCAGCACUUGUUCUUGUUAAACUUCAUGCGGUUGGUGAUUGCCCAGCUCUCCAAUCUGUCCAGAUCUCUCUGCAAGGUCUUUCCACCCUCGACAGAGUCAACAACUCCUCCAAGUGUAGUAUCAUCAGCAAUUUUACUCAAAACACCUUCUAGUCCUACAUCCAGAUUGUUUAUGAAAACACUGAAAAGAACUGGACUUAAAAUGGAGCCCUGGGGGACCCCACUGGUGACUGGCUGCCAGUCUGAUGUAACCCUAUUUACCACAACCCUUUGAGCCCUACCUGUCAGCCAAUUGUUCACCCACAAUAUUAUGUUUUUAUCUAGCUGUAUGCUGGACAUUUUGUCCAGUAGGAUCCUAUGAGAAACCAUAUCAAAAGCUUUACUGAAAUCCAAAAAUAUUACAUCAACUGGCUUCCCUUGAUCGACUAGGUGGGUGAUCUUAUCAUAAAAGGAAAUUAAAUUUGUUAGCAGGACAGCUGUAGUACAGCUGAAGUACAGCUGUAUCUGUAGUGGUUGAUGGAUGUAAGUAGCCAAGGCCUGUAACUACUCUUUUCAGAGGAGUAAACUAGUUACAAAAACUAGGUAAGCCUUUGGUGAAAUAUAUUAUCCUUCAGAUUAAUACAUGUGCCCAAAGUUUGUGGACUUUUUCCGGGUAUUCCAAUUGGCAAGGAAAAGGGUAUUGCCUCUGCCUGACUUUUCUUAGUAUAAUAUUCACAUUAUCUUCAUUCUUAUUGUGGAAGAUACUUUCUUCUAUUGCAGUACUGCUUAUAUUUGUGUUCAUGGGUGAUAUUAUUUAGCAAUACGAUAAAGGUUGGUUAUUUGCCAUAAGGCCAAUAGUGUUCAAAAGUUAAUAUCUUCUCUAUUUCAUUUCUUUUGAACAGUUUGUAGUGCAUUCAGAAGUAUUUUUCCCCUUAUUAUAAUAUAUCCAGGUAAUUUAUGACUUUGUUGUCAGGCAUAUAGCAGGAUUACUUUCUCUCAUUAAUGAUGUUCGGAUAUCAGGAGAAUACAGGGAUUACUUUUUAAAAACAGAGUGAAGAUGUUCUCUGCAGAAAGGCAUUAGUCUACAUAUCUGCUCAGAUGAAGCAGUAGAGAAUUUAGAAGUAUUUAGAUGCAUUAGAAGUAUUAGAUGCGUUUACAUGCAUCUCUAGCUGUUCUUCAAGAACCAAGACUUUAAAGCUAUAGUUUUGAGAGGUCAUAGAAGAAUAUUAUUUCCUAUUCAAAAGCAUUAUAGAUAUGAAGGCAAGACCUAUAAUAGCCUGACUGUGAUGAGAGAGAGUAAGGAGAAUGCAUCUGUGAGUGAAUAAUCCAACAGAGCACCUUUCAAACUUUUGGAACUCCUUGGAUCUCAUUUGAUUGUGUGUCCCCACAAGAGCAGCAGCACAGCCUUGCAAGGGCAGAAGACACAUGGCUUGAGUACUCCGAUGCAGGAAGACAUCUCCUCUCUCCUUGAAAGCACUGAGCAGCUGAUCAUGAAUGGAGUCAUCUGCUGUUCUCUCAUUUGUAGUUAGUAAGUACGGCCUGCCCUUACUCCACAACAGUGAGAAAAUUUGUGGCUACCAGCCCAGGGGGAGAUGUGUGCAGUGGUCAAAGCAACUCCAUCUUUUUAUACUCCCCUCUGGAUCAUUUCAUGACUCCCAGUAGAAUUGUAACCUGUGCUGUGAAAAGUGCAGGUCUAACAAGCCCUGCUGACUUCCAAAUAUGACAUAAUGCACAGGCACUAACUCAGCUCCACAGCUGAGCAACAUCCCUACUCAGUUCAGGGUGCCAGUGGGCAAGCAUUACAAAUAAUUGAGAAACAAUUAAAAGUGAUUUUUUUUUAAAAUCUCAUUUGUCCCCUUCCAUGCAUCUUCUAUUUCUAUUGUCAGAGGUUAUGAUAAAUGGAUAAUUUUCUUACAUGCUGAGGUUGUGUUUGAUUUGCUGCAUGAGCUAAGAAAAUGACUGACACCAAUGACUACCUAUAGUUUGUGUGGUGAUGUAGCUGAGAAAAUAUAAGAGGUAAUAAUAGAGGAAUAAUAUGAGGUAAUCUUCUUCCAAUAUGCAGUUUCCAAGCUGUUAAGGGUUAUUUAGUUACAGAAUUUUGGAAUUUUAAGGUACUAGGUUCCUUAAUAAAUAAACAGGUGUAACUUUUAAAAAUGCAAAUAGUUUCUCUUCAUCGUGCUGUCAGUAAGUACAAGACUAGCAGAUAAAUGAACAAUAAACACUAAAGAAAUAUGAGAAGUAGCAGAUGUCCCUUUUAACUUCUGGCUUUAUUUAGUGCAUACUCAUAUAGUAUAUUAGUACGUUUUACUUAUCUCUCUUCUGAAUAUUCUCCUCCUGGGCUGAACUACCAUUUAAUCACAGUUACUUGUUGUGCUAUAUUAUGUAAUAAUCUAAACUCAUCUGCUUACACCAAAUAUGUAUAUGUAUGUGCUGUGGUUUAACCUGGCAGGGAGCUAAGUACCC